CGGGCGGUGCGGAGCGGAGCGGAGCCGGUCGGGAACGGGGCGGGAGCUCCGGGUCCGCCUCCGCCGUGCUGCCCCGCCCCGUCCCGGCGUCUGCGGGACAGAACGGACGGCACCGGAGCGAGGCAGCGGCAGGAUGGGGCUGGAGCUGUACCUCGAUCUGCUCUCGCAGCCUUGCCGGGCGGUUUACCUCUUCGCCCGGUGCAACAACAUCCCGUUCGAGUUCAAACGGGUGGAGCUGAUGAAGGGGCAGCACAGGACCGAGGAGUUCAGGAAGGUGAACGUGCUGAUGAAAGUGCCUGCACUGAGGGAUGGUUCCUUCACCUUAGCAGAGAGCGUUGCCAUCCUCAUGUACCUGGCCCGGAAAUUCAAGACUCCCGAUCACUGGUAUCCCUCUGACCUGCAGAAACAGGCCAGAGUUGAUGAGUACCUGUCAUGGCAGCAAGCCCACAUUCGUGGGAAGGGGAGCAAGCUGUUCCUAAGUAAGGUGCUGAUACCUCUCCUUGCAGGCCAGCCACUGCCUCCGGAGAAAGUGGAAAGUGCUACUGAGGAGCUGAAUGUUGUCCUGAAUCAGUUUGAGGAGAAGUUCUUGCAGGGCAAGCCCUUCAUUGUGGGCAAUGACAUCUCCUUGGCAGACCUCGUAGCCCUGGUGGAGCUCAUGCAGCCUGUUGCUUCUGGCUACGACCUCUUUGAGGAGAGGCCCCAGUUAGCAGAGUGGCGCAGGAGGGUGGAAGAAGCCGUGGGGAAGCAGCUCUUCCAGGAAGCUCAUGAAGAGAUCCUGAAUGCCAAGAACGUGACUGCUGAUAAAAUUGCACCUGAGCUGCGGGAGCACUUCAAGCAACAGCUCUUAAAGCAAGUCAACUAGAACCAAGGGCGUCGCACUCCGAUUAAAAGAAAUUAUUUUGCGUAAGCUUUUAGUAAUAUUCCAGUAUUUCCUCCAAUAGUAGUACAAAAAACGACAUUCCAGAAAAUACACUUCAAUUACAGUCUUUCUGCAACUUAGAAGGGAAGAAAACUACAUCUUAGACUGCAGCCAGCCAGCCCUUGGCUGCUGCCCCUGCCCAGAGGGUAAGGGAGCACCUGGCCACUAGAGGCUGCUGUGUUACAGAUCAGAG